AUGAGUAAUAUAUUGGAUCAAUUACUAGUGGAGGAUAUUGCAAGAUAUUGUCCUCAAAACUUUUUAAACUUCCAUAAAUGUAUCUCACAAAACCAUGCAAACCCACAAAAUUGUGCUCCUCAACAAAUUGAACUAUCAAAAUGUAUAAAAUCAGAAGUCCCUUCAUUACAAAAAGUCAUGACUAACUGUGGUCACUUAUUAAAAGAAUAUGAAACUUGUUUGAAAACAAAUAUAGCUGAACAAGGAAAAUGUCUACCAUUGUUGGGACAAGUUAGAGAUUGUGCAAGUGAAUCGAUUGAUCUAAGUAAAAACACAAUGAACAAUCUAAAUCCUGGGAAAUAA